CUCUAACAGACAGAUCUGACUCAACAAUUGCCCAUAAAAUCUGCAAUUAUAGCGAUUCUUCAUUCAGUACAUCAUCUCAAGUGAACAAUGAUUGAGAAGUUUAGUAGACUUUGAACUAACAGUCCUCUCAGUUCACAAACUCCUUGCGAUAUCAUUACACAAGUAGUAUCUCUCUGGCUAUCAAACAGUGUGUUUGUACUGAAUAUAUGUGUUGUCAUACAAAACGAGUUUACAAUUAUUAUAAAACUUGGUUUGAAUUACAGUUUAACUAACAACACGAUUACUGCUUCGCAAUUCACGUGCUUUUUCACUAAAUCUAUAAAUAAAGUCAAUCAUUGAAUCGAUUUAAAAAUAAAUACAAUGAAGAAAUCAAAUAACAAUUACUCUUUGGGAUUGUUUUCAUCUCUUAUAAAUCGUUUGGUAAUAGCUUUGAUGGUUUGCGUAAUACUAAUCAAUUAUAAGCCAUCAGAGGGUCGUCCGCGAAGUAAUUCCGCUAAAAAUACUUUUGAAUUGUUUGGCAGAGAAACGAGGUUUUCAAAAGAAUUAAAUUUAGAUAAAUCAACAAAAUCUAAUAAAUCGUAUAGAAAUCCAUAUUUGAGACUCAGAGAAGUGCCAGAGUCUGAAAUAACAGCCACCGAGACUUCAACACAUAUACUACAGUGCGAGGCCGGGGGUACACCCACUCCUACCAUUCAUUGGCUCAAAAAUGGAAACAAAAUUGAUCAAGGAGACACCGGUUCCUAUGAUGACGACGACGAUAACAUUAAGAAAGGAGAGCUCAGUCUAAGUAUGACUCGUUCUCGACUAUUCUUAGACUGUGUUCAUCCAAAAGAUGAGGCCAUUUACACGUGUGUCGCCUCUUCACCGGCUAAUCGCGUGAGCGCUGAGACGCAUCUGAAAGUGAUUCCCAAUUUAAGGACAUCCAAUGAUUUGAUAAAUGAAGACAAUAAUAUUGCCAAAUGUCUAACAAAGAAAUCAUAUGGUUCUCCGGCAAGAAUUCAUAUGUGGACUCAUAACAUACUGGAGCUAAUAGGGUCUGAUGUACAACUCCUGUGUCGGGCCAGCGGUACGCCCACACCGACAAUCAGUUGGGUCGGUCCUGAAGAUAAUACGCUAACAAAUAGCGAAAAGUACAAAAUUUUAGAGAACGGAGACCUUGUAAUACGGGACUUGUCGUGGGAUGAUAUGGGAAACUACAUGUGCGUCGCUGACAACCAGCACGGCUCAGACAGGACUACCCUAUUUCUAUAUCCAACUCUUCCUGAGGACAGAAAAUGAGUUAUUUUAAGUAAAUUUAUUAUUAUUAUAAAAAUUAUAAAUUUA